AUUCGUUAAAUUUUUGAGCCAAAAAUCUAAAAUCAACAAAAGCAAAAGUGAAAACUGAAAAGUUUAGACAGCGAGUCUGCGUUUUCGUAAAAGUUUCUUAUAAAUUUGAAUAAAUUGCGGUUUAUAUCGAGAAUUUAAAUACCUGGCAGAAAUGACGAAACUAGACGAAUUGGAAGACAGUUCGAACGAUAUACCAAUUCCGGCCGCAACGCCCGAAAUAUACCGAGAUGAUUUGAAGAAACUGACGAAAAACAUCAAAGAUGAUAUGAAACUCAAAGGUCCGAAUUACAAAUGGAGCUUGAACGAUUUCUACAUCGGUACGCCUAUGGGAAGAGGUAAAUUCGGUCGUGUUUAUUUAGCCAAAGAACGAAAUACCGGUUACAUCGUCGCUAUAAAAUUACUCAUCAAAUCCGAACUACUCAAGCACAAUAUGCAACACCAAGUCUUGAGAGAAAUCGAAAUACAGACUCAUUUAAGCCAUCCCAACAUCCUGCCUUUGCUAACUUACUUCAGUGACGAUAAACGAAUAUAUCUAGUGUUGGAAUUCGCAGCCAAAGGAGAACUCUACCGUUACUUGCAAAACCAACCGCAUCAUCGUUUAACCGAAGAAGUAUCCGCCAAGUUCAUCGAUCAAGUCGCCGAUGCGAUCGAUUACUGCCACCGAAAUCGCGUCAUUCAUCGUGAUAUUAAACCGGAAAAUUUACUUUUACUAGCCAACGGCGAUAUUAUGUUAGCUGAUUUCGGCUGGUCGGUUCACGCACCUUCUAGUAAACGAAAAACUAUGUGCGGUACUGUCGAUUACCUGCCUCCUGAGAUGAUCGAAAAUCGCACCUAUAACGAGAAAGUUGAUCAUUGGUGUGUUGGAGUUUUAUGUUACGAAUUUAUCGUCGGUAAACCACCCUUUGAAACGAAUAGCCAGAGUGCUACUUUCGAUCGUAUUAAGAAAAUUGAUGUACAUUAUCCUUCUUUUAUGAGCAGUCUCGCUAAGGAUCUGAUUUCCAAAUUGCUCAAGUAUAAUCCUAACGAAAGAUUACCAAUGCACGAUGUUAGGAAUCACGAAUGGAUACUCACUAAGAAACCCAAGGCCCCAAUUAGUUUGUAAAUUUUUUUAUCACGAUAAUCGCUCUUUUUAAAACAUUUUAUUUUAAUCGUACACGUGAAUUUAGUGUCGUUUUGCUAGUUAUAUAUGUAUCAUAUUUUGAAUAAUUAAAAUCCCAUUAUUUUUAUG